AUGACCACGCAGCCUCACCUAGAAGAUGAAGCCUCUAUAUCGGAGACCAACGCGCAGCAUGCAAUGCUUCAACAAGCACAAGCUGCUGCUUCUGCCGUCCAGACUGAAACCGCAGGAUCAACGAGACAUGACUCUCCCUUGCAAACGACCGACCUCGUCACUCCAGAUGCGACCGACGAAGAAGUUCCGCCUCCCCCAUAUGGCGACAUCUAUGGCGAGAUUCGGAACGAAAAAGACGGCCUAGGCACCAGCGCAAGCGUCACCGAAGACGGCCGUGUCAACAUCCGCAUCAACCAGCUCAACCGACGUUUAUCCCAAGUCUUUACUCCAGCUUUACGCGAACACGUUCAGAGUGUUCAAAAUAGCAGCCCGCCUCCCCCUGCAUACAUCCCACCUUCAUUAGGAGGUAAAGAAGGAGUUCCACCCCCAGCCCUGAAUGUGGUUAUCCAGGUUGUUGGCUCGCGCGGAGACGUGCAACCUUUCGUUGCUCUCGGGAAAGUCUUGAAAGAGACCUAUGGCCAUCGUGUUCGUUUGGCAACUCAUCCUACUUUCAAGAAGUUUGUAGAAGAGAACGGCUUGGAGUUUUUCAGCAUCGGUGGCGACCCCUCCCAGCUGAUGGCUUUCAUGGUCAAGAAUCCUGGAUUGAUGCCCGGUUUCCGCAGUCUAGCAAGUGGAGAUGUCGGCCGUCGAAGAAGAGAUGUCGCGGAAUACAUUCAAGGCUGCUGGCGAUCGUGCUACGAAACGGGUGAUGGGAUGUCCGACGACCACGGUUCAGAUCGCUCCGCAAACGACGCCGGUUCUUUCCCUUUCGUCGCGGAUUGUAUCAUUGCCAACCCACCAAGCUUUGCGCAUAUUCAUUGCGCAGAGAAGCUGGGAAUACCCCUUCAUAUCAUGUUCACCAUGCCAUAUUCUCCUACCCAGGCCUUUCCCCACCCUCUGGCGAACAUUCAAUCUUCUAAUGCUGAUACUCAACUCACCAACUACAUCAGCUACGCUAUGAUCGAAGCCCUCUCAUGGCAAGGCUUAGGCGACAUCAUCAACCGGUUUCGCGCCAAGUGCCUCGGCCUAGAGCCCGUGAGUAUGAUCUGGGCCCCAGGAAUGCUCCAGCGCCUCAAAGUUCCUCAUACAUACUGCUGGUCUCCAGCUCUUAUUCCGAAACCAAAAGAUUGGGGUUCUCAUAUAUCCAUCUCUGGUUUCUACUUCUUGAAUCUGGCCUCUAAUUACACUCCUACGCCUGAGCUACAGAAAUUCCUUGAUGAUGGACCACCGCCGGUGUACAUUGGAUUCGGAAGUAUCGUUUUGGACGAUCCGAAUGCCAUGACCGAACUAAUCUUCGAGGCCACGAAAAUGAUUGCAGGCGGAAGACGUGUACUGCUUUCCAAGGGCUGGGGAGGUAUGGGGGCCGAGGAACUUCGUGUUCCUGAAAAUGUCUUUAUGCUGGGCAAUGUGCCGCAUGACUGGCUUUUCAAGCACGUCGAAUGCGUCGUUCAUCAUGGUGGCGCGGGGACUACAGCGGCAGGCAUCGCGGCAGGUAAGUUCUUCGCCUACAGAACUAACACCGACCGAAAGCUGACUUGUAUCUCUAAUCCAGGCCGACCUACGUUGGUGAUUCCUUUCUUCGGCGACCAACCUUUCUGGGGAGCAAUGAUCGCUCGAGCUGGUGCCGGUCCCGAUCCAAUUCCCUACCGGCAACUCACAUCGGACAAAUUAGCAGAUGCUAUCAACUUUUGCUUAAAGCCCGAAAGUCUCGAACGUGCCAAAGAUCUUGCAAGCAAGAUCGCUACGGAGCGCGGCAGCGAUAUGGGCGCUCAAUCAUUCCACCAGUAUCUCGACCCCGACCGACUUCGUUGCAACCUUGCACCAUCUCGAGUAGCUGUAUGGCGCAUUAAACGCACUCAAAUCAGACUUAGCGCUUUUGCCGCCUGCACAUUGGCCAAUGCCGGUCUUUUGGAUUUCCAUGACCUCAAGCUCUUUAGGGCACAGGAGUAUGAGACCGAUGAAGGCCCUCUGGAGCCUAUAUCUGGAUUCGGUAUGGGGAUACUUAGGACGUUGGGCAGCAUGAGUAUGGGCAUAGCUGAAAUGCCUUCAGAGACGGCGAAGGCAGUUCAAGCUCCUUUCGGACCUAGCAGACAGCAGUCUGACACUUCAGUACGGAACGCCGCAAAGAGGAGCGAGCCGUCGCUAUUAGGAGAGAGCUCCACUUCAUCAAGCUCACAACAACACCCCCAUUCCAGUGCAAUGGAGCGGAAACCGCUUGCCCGCUCUCAGACCACCCCCAACCUCCCCACUCCGGCAUCUCGGACUCCCAGCGUAGCAUCCAGCUCCAGCAAAGACAAUGACAUGCUGCGCCCCACUGGCCUACGAACAAGCAGAGGCUUCGGACGCAUCGUAAAAGCCGGCGUCCAAUCCCCCAUGGAACUAUCCGUCGGCAUAACAAAAGGCUUCCACAACGCGCCCAAGCUCUGGAACGACACCACCGUGCGCCCCCAAGAAAAAGUCUCUGACCUAAAAUCUGGCAUGGUAGCUAUAGGCCGCGAAUUCGGUUUCGGCUGGUACGACGGCGUCACCGGCCUCUUUACACAGCCCUGGAAGGGUGCUCAGAAAGAAGGCGCUAGUGGUUUCUUCAAGGGCGUAGGAAAGGGGAUUGGGGGGUUCAUAGCUAAACCGGGGGCGGCGCUGUUUGGGAUACCGAGUCAUAUGAUGAAGGGGGUGCAUAAGGAGGUGCAGAAGAGGUUUGGGAGUAGUGUGCAGACGUACAUUGUUACGAGUAGGACGGCGCAGGGGUAUCAGGAGUGGGUGCAAAGUGGGGAGGAGGAGAAGGAGGAUGUUGUUGAGAGGUGGGGGUUGAUUCAGAAGUAUUUGAAGAAGAAAGAUGGGCUUGAUGAGAUGAUGAAGGAUGUGCUUGAUGCGCAGCGGAAGGAGAUGGCGGUUGAUGAGUCUACUGCGGAUUCAGUCCGGUCUGCGGAUGCUUCUAUCCAAGAUCUUGAAAGUGCCACACUCACCUCGGAGUACAAUUCGCAUACUACGGGUACCGAACCUGAAGUACCGCUCGGAGCGGCGGAGACCAGCGGGUCUAUCCAUCAGCCAGUACAAGAUACGCCGCGCGCAGGCGCUGAAGCAGAAUCCAGUGAGGAACUACUCCAGGCGAUGGCUUCCAGCGAAGUCGAAGCGCAGCAACACUCAAGAGAAGCCCUGGAAUACGAAAAGCAGCUGAAGCAAGCCAUGGCGCAAAGUCUGAAGGAACAGCGUCAGAUGAACGAAGACAAUGGAUGGGAAGAUCUCGAUAGGGGGCGAGCAGGAACAUCAGAGCAAAUGGCAGCUACAACGAGUGAUGGAUCGCCAGGCGCCCAUCGACCCCCUUCGUAUGACCUGGGUCAUCUUGCAGGUACAACGCAAGGUGAGUUCCAGGCGCAGCACCGAGGAGAGAAGACGAUGGAGGAAAAGACGGAAGAAGAGAUUGUGAUGGCGUACGUCAAGAAGCAAAGUCUUUUGGAGGCGCAUCAUCAGAGUAAGGGCAAAGGGCGGGCUUCGACUGCGGAGAGUGGGGAUGAGGAAGAGUUGCAGAAGGCGCUGAGCUUGAGUAUGCAGGCGCAUGGGUGA